UCGUGACGUCACACACGACGCAGGAAGUGAGAGCAAACCAAAACAAUCCGGACGCUCUGCUGUCUCACGCGAAAUAUUUCAAAAAUGGGAGUGAAAGGUCUCCAAUAUUUCAUGGAGCGCUGCUGUCCAGAAUCCUGCGUGACUGUCAAUCUGAGAGAGAUGGCCAGACAACAUGUUUACAAAACAACCGACAACUCUUCCAGCUGUCCCACACUCGUUGUGGAUGGCAUGGCCUGCCUGUGCCACUGGUACUUGUGUAAAGACUGGGUGUGCGGGGGGCAGUGGAAGGAGUACAUGAGCAUCCUGAGAAGCUGGGUGGAGACAUUCACCUCUGCAGGAAUCCGUCUUGUCUUCUUCUUCGAUGGCAUGGUUGAGGAGAAGAAGAGACCCGUAUGGGUGAAGCGGCGGCGAAGAGUGAAUGGGGAGAUAUCUAAAAUAUUCCGUUACAUUAAGUUACACGGCGAGCAACCAGGCAAAGAUCUCUUCAGUCUGCCAUCUGGCUUGGCAACAUUCACACGCUUUGCCCUCAGAUCAUUAGGUCAGGAUGUAUUUUGCUCAGUGCAGGAGGCUGACUAUGAGAUUGCCUGUUAUGCCCGACGCCAUGGCUGCAUGGGCAUUUUGGGACAGGACUCAGACUUUGUCAUUUUUAACAGCGCUCCUUACUUAUCAGUGGCAAAACUGCACUUAGACCGCCUCACCACUGUCCUGUAUGACCGAGAGAUACUUUGCCGUGCCAUUGGAUUGAAUGUUUCUCAGUUACCGCUACUGGCCUGUCUCCUCGGAAAUGAUGUGGUGCCAGAGGAGUGCAUGCAGGCGAUCCGGAAUAAUGCAAUGGCCGCAUACAGGAAGUCGUAUGAUGCAGCCCACUCUGGUGCUCCUCAAGGGCAAAUGGUGUUCGCUGUAUCCCAGUUUGUCAGCUCUUUGUGGGGCACAGAGGAGGAAGAGAUGGGGCUCAUACCUCUGACUCUGAAACUACCAGUUGCAGAGAGAAAGCUCCUGGAAAAAGGAAUUUGCUCCUAUUUGCUGGCUGCACCGGACGUUCCUCAGCAGGAUGCCACACCUCCAUUUACCUCUACCUUUGAGAAAUAUGUCAGUCCAGAAAUAUUAAAGGCUUGUAGAGAAAAGCAUGUCUCGGCAGAGGGUUUCAUGGUUUACAAUGUCCUGUGCGAAGGAGUGAUUGAAUGUAGUAACAGUCUGGAAGAUGAGGAGGAUCAUGAACUGUUGCCUCAGGCUGUGGUUUUUAAGUCCUCCAGACAACACAUCUAUGGUCUGCUCCUCCUCAACAAGCACGAUGACAGCACAGCGGAACCUCCAGCCAUCAGAGAGUGGAUUGUCUAUCCAGGCAACCCUUUGAAUGAGCCCGACAUGGUCCCCGCCGUGCCAAUCUGCAUCCCGUGUGAGCAGCCCAGUCUGGACUUGAUGUGGUUCACUUCUGGCCCGGAUGUUUCGGCCUUGCGUCUGAUGAGCUUUUUUUCAAUAUUUGACUGCCAGGAGUUUGCCGAAUUGCAUGGAGUCAUUGAAGACUUUCUUCUGGCUGCUCUUUGUCUGGUCACCUAUAUUGUCCUCCAGGUACCAUCUUUAUGUUCAGAGGAUGUGGAUGCUUACCUGAGUCAAGCUGUGUGUCUGAGGCUCAGAUCUCUGCAAGAGCUUCAACAUAUCAAGCUGCCAUUCCUCUGCAGCCGAGCAGUCCAACUGGGCUCUCUCUACGUCCGAGGACUGAGCUACAUGCUGGGGGCCAACUGUGCCAGUGGCUGCCCAUUGCCCAACGCUGCCCUCAUGCCUUGGCAGAGCUUCGAUGGACAGCUCUUCCACUCGAAAUACCUGCUGGCGCAUAGCCGCACUGAGCAAGCAGUGCUGCUGGAUAAGCAUCCGUCCAGUCUUGCCUUGUUUCUCCAGCUGAGAGAGAAACAUUUAGAAGUUUGCAAGAAGAGAAACAGAGUCUUGCAGUCUCAAUCCAAAGUUAACGUGCUCGGACAAAGCCAUAGGCCCCAAUACAGAGAUGGACGCACAGCUGGCGGUGACAAUUGGCGGGAGAGGGGCGAUACAUCGUUCGGAGGGUGGAGGAGGGAGACUGGGCAACGAGGUGGUGGAAACAGCAGAGCCAAACUACAAGAGAGACCUGCACACAGAGGAAGGGGAGGAGACCAACAUUCCCACCCUCGCUUUCUUCCUCCCUCUGUGGAUGAAGGUGCUCAGAACACGAGCUCUCGACCAGAACACACUCUGAGUCGUUGGCGUCCUAGCAGAGGGCGAUACUAGUUGGCUCCCAGAUGGCGUCUGCCUCCUGCUCCUGGAACGUAACUCCACCCUGUCAUAGCGGAGUGGAUUAGAGUGUAGGACUUGAAGAGUUAAGGGGGUAGGAAAGAGCUGAUGAAAGGCAUCACAGAAUGAAGUCCCUCUGAACAAACUGAUUAGAUGUCAAGAAUGUUUGACUAAAGGAUGCAGUAGGGGGGUUACGCAGAGAUAAUUGAGAGGUCAAGGACAUUGAAAUUUGUCAUUUUUGUCAGCUUUUGUUUUGUUUGUUUUUUAAUGAAAAAGAAGAAACAUCCAGUGGCAUCACUCACCACUGUUCAAACUUGCUGUGACGGA